AUGGAGGCCAACACAACCCUGGAAGACAUGAUGGGACAGGGCUGGAAAGAUUUUGUGGACAGGCCAAAGGCAGUCUUCUGGAUGUCCAGCAACUGCCAGACUCCUUCCAGGAGGGAAGAGUAUGUAGACGAACUCUCCAAAUACAUUCAGGUGGACAAGUUUGGUAAAUGCGGGGAUGGAGAAUUUACCUGUGGAAAUCCCUAUGAAGCCUUCGAAGAGACAUGCUGGAACACCAUCUUUAAGAAGCAGUACCUCUUUGCUCUGGCAUUUGAGAACAGUCUGUGCAAUCACUACCUCUCUGAGAAGCCUUACAACCCUCUGAUAUAUGGUCUGGUUCCUAUUGUUUGGGGAGGAAUAGCAGUUAAUGACUAUUCAUUACAGGAAUACCAGUUGAUAACUGAAUACCAGUUAUUGACUGUAUUCGUAACAGGAAUGCCAGUUAAUAACUGUAGUUUCUGCAGUAAAUACCAGUUAGCAUCUGCAGUUUCUGCAGAAAAACUAGAUCAUUACUCUACUCGCUAG